AUGGGCGCGGGGGCGCUCGUCCUGGGCGCCUCCGAGCCCGGCAACCUGUCAACGGCCGCGCCGCUCCCCGACGGCGCGGCCACAGCGGCGCGACUGCUGGUGCCGGCGUCGCCGCCCCCUUCUCUGCUGCCCUCGGCGAGCGAAGGCCCCGCGCCGCUGUCGCAGCAGUGGACGGCCGGCAUGGGCCUGCUGAUGGCACUCAUCGUGCUUUUCACCGUGGCGGGCAACGUGCUAGUAAUCGUGGCCAUCGCCAAGACGCCGCGACUGCAGACGCUCACCAACCUCUUCAUCAUGUCCCUGGCCAGCGCCGACCUGGUCAUGGGGCUGCUGGUGGUGCCAUUCGGGGCCACCAUCGUGGUGUGGGGACGCUGGGAGUAUGGCUCCUUCUUCUGCGAGCUCUGGACUUCGGUGGACGUGCUGUGUGUGACUGCCAGCAUCGAGACACUGUGUGUCAUCGCCCUGGACCGCUACCUUGCCAUCACUUCGCCCUUCCGCUACCAGAGCCUGCUGACCCGCGCUCGGGCGCGCGCCCUGGUCUGCACCGUGUGGGCCAUCUCGGCCUUGGUAUCCUUUCUGCCCAUCCUCAUGCACUGGUGGCGGGCCGAGGGCGACGAGGCGCGCAAUUGCUACAACGAUCCCAAGUGCUGCGACUUCGUCACUAACCGGGCCUACGCCAUCGCCUCGUCGGUCGUCUCCUUCUACGUGCCUCUGUGCAUCAUGGCCUUCGUGUACCUGCGGGUGUUCCGCGAGGCCCAGAAGCAGGUGAAGAAGAUCGACAGCUGCGAGCGCCGCUUCCUCGGCGGCCCAACGCGGCCGCCCUCGCCCGCGCCCUCGCCGGGCUCACCGAGCACCACAGCCCCGGUGGCCAACGGGCGCACCAGCAAGCGGCGUCCCUCGCGCCUCGUGGCCCUGCGCGAGCAGAAGGCGCUCAAGACGCUGGGCAUUAUCAUGGGCGUGUUCACGCUCUGCUGGUUGCCCUUCUUCCUAGCCAAUGUGGUGAAGGCCUUCCACCGAAACCUGGUGCCCGAUUACCUCUUCGUCUUCUUCAACUGGCUGGGCUACGCCAACUCGGCCUUCAACCCCAUCAUCUACUGCCGCAGUCCCGACUUCCGCAAGGCCUUCCAGCGCCUGCUUUGUUGCGCGCGCCGGGCCGCCCGGAGGCGCCACGCGGCCGCCAGCGACCGGCCGCGCACCCCGGGCUGCCUGGCGGUGACCGGGCCGCCGCCGUCGCCUGGGGUCGACGAAGAAGACGACGAAGACGACGUCGGGGCCAUACCACCCGCGCGCCUGCUGGAGCCUUGGGUCGGCUGCAACGUCACCAAAGCCUUUGCUGUCUACCAGACGCCAUCUUCCUACCAGCUGCUGAAUGGUAGCCAUGGUGGGCGCAGAUAG